AUGGGGGGCGAUGGAGAUGGACCAUUGCCACCAUCCCAAAUCGCCACCAGUGCCAACAACCGUACGGUGAAGAGGAGGGCGAGGAGGCGGCGCGCGAAGGAGCUGCGGGCUGGGGAUGUGCCUUCUGCCCCCAAAUCCAACGAUGACGUCACUGCCACCUCCACAACCACCACCAACAUCACGGCUCCAACCACUACAGCAACAACUGCCACCAGCGCCGCUGCGUCUGGAAGCAGGAGAGGCAGGGAGACCCCAACCUCCAACAAUCCGAGGGAGAAGAAGAGGGCCUCUACCUACCGGGAGGUCGUGAUUGAGGGUAGUGAAGUGGUCAUCACUUAUAAAGAUGACCCUCACCGCCCUCUUUCUAAAAAAGACCAAGAGGCCAUCCAGGUAGGACUUCGCUCUGCCAUCGAUGCGGCAGCAGCGACAACCCUGCUCAAGUUUGGUGGACUUGUGAUCCGGGGUGGGGGCAUGGUUCUCACAUGCCGUGACCCCACCACCAAACUGUGGGCUGAAGCGGAGGUGGACAAGCUUGAAGGGGGGAAAUUCGCCACCAGUGACCCCAAACCACCGGAAGCGGAAGCAAAAGUGGAUCUGCACCCCAUUAAUAGGGGACACAGAGCCACCUUUGUUGUAUCGAAUAAGAAAGAAGUGUUAGAUGUUACAUUUGUAUCCUCCCAUUUGCUGGACCGGAUAAAGGCCUGGUGGGUCGACGACAACGAAAGUUGCUCUGACCACAGGUAUAUUCGGACCAGCCUAAGCCUUGGUCCACCUGACCCUAUCAUCUAUAGGGACAGGAAGAGAACAAGGUGGGAUCUAUACAAAUCAGUAUUAAAAGGACUAACGGAACUUGACCCUGCUAGGGCGUGCCCAAUGUCAUCUACGGAGGAGAUUGAGGCGAGCGCUAGUAGGGUCAGUAACUUUAUCCAUAAAUCAUACGAUGUGGCCUGCCCUGAAAAAGUACUCAAAUCCAGGAGGAAGAGGGUACCUUGGUGGAGCCGUGAGCUGACUUCUCUUCGGAAGGAGGCUCGCAGGCUUUAUCGGGUUGCCCGCUUCGGAGGAGAGGAGGCAUGGGCGGAAUACAAAGCUGCUCGUAACUACUACUCCUACGAAAUGAGGAGGAGGAAAACUGCCUCGUGGAGAAGGUUUUGUGAGAGUGUCGAGGAGGCACCUGUUGCUGCCCGACUCUCGCGCAUCCUUCGCAACGAUGGCACAAUCAAACUGGGAUCACUGGACAAGGGUGAUGGUGUUUACACCAGGACCCUUUCUGAGACCUAUGAAUUAUUAUUGGACCAGUCGUUCCCGAGGGACCCUCAACGGGUUCCAUGGGAACCUGAUCAUAGUAAAGUAGAUGAUGAAUCUAUAAAUCUGAUGAUUACAUCUUCAAAAAUCAGUAACAUAAUUAACUCGUUUGGCCCACUAAAAGCGGCUGGAAAGGAUGGUAUCUUUCCAGCCCUUUUACAGCAUGGGUUAGCCGAGUUAAUUCCGUAUUUGGUUCCUCUCAUGAGGGGGUGCCUGACCUUUGGCUAUACACCUCUGAAGUGGAGAGAGUCCAGAGUGGUAUUCUUACCAAAGCCAGGAAAGGAGAGUUACGAACGGGCGUCCGCUUGGAGGCCCAUCUGCUUAACAUCCUUCCUGCUCAAAACACUUGAGAAACUGGUAGAUGGCUGGGUCCGCACGCCUGAUCUUGUUGAUAGGCUGCAGAGACACAGUCAGUAUGCCUAUAUGAAGGGCGUUUCCACGGAGGCUGCCCUUCAUCAGAUCGUUAGCCUUGUUGAGGGGGCCCUUGACUCUGGCGAGUACUGUAUUGCAGUGAUGUUGGAUGUUAAGGGCGCUUUUAAUGAGGUUAGAUCUGAUACCAUUAUCCGUAGCCUUAGGAGGUUUGGCGUCAACGAAGUAUGUGUUCGACAUAUUGAGCACAUGCUUCGGACACGAACCACUUGGGUAACUGAUUCUACUUACGAGAUUGGGAGGGUGGUGGAGAGAGGGUGCCCUCAAGGGGGUGUCCUCUCACCGCUUCUCUGGGAUCUGGUCGUAAGUGAAAUUCUGGAAAAACUGCAUCAUCGGUUCCCUCAACUGUACUCACAGGGCUUUGCCGACGAUCUCACAACAGUGGGACGGGGCAUUGACCUCGGUACAGUGGGGAGUCAUGUGCAGAGAGCAGUAAAUCUUGUUAGUGAUUGGUGCAAAGAGGUGAGCUUGUCAGUCAAUGAUAAGCUUGCCCUGGUACUAUUCACUAAGAAUUACAAAUUCAUUGCUCCUGUGAUUAAGUUGGAUGGUAUUCCCAUCCCUUAUCAAAACAGGGCUAGGGCACUAAAAGGUAUGCGUGCCCUGGCCCAGUGCAGGAGGGCCAUUGGUAAAACUUGGGGUCUUUCCCCCAAAAUUACAAAUUGGAUCUACAAAUCCAUAAUUCGCCCGGCCAUGGAAUAUGGGUCACUCUUGUGGGCUCCGGCCACAAAGGUGAAGUCCCACAUGGCCCAGUUGCAAAGAGUACAGAGGUGUGCCAUGCUUGGUACAACCGGUGUAAUGUCUAGCACUCCUACUGCAGCCCUGGAGUGUCUACUGGGACUUGUCCCAGUGGACAUCCGGGUUCAGCAAGUUGCACUAGGAACGUACCAUCGCCUCGCUCACCACGGCCAAUGGAAAAAAUGGGCCGGGGGUGAUCGUACGAGGGCGUUAAAGCACAACAAGUUUGUCGAAAUCAUGACGUCUGGUAUUGAUGAAUUCCAGAUGCCGUGUGAGAAACUUGUUAAUCCGCCAGCAGAGAGGAACUUCGAAACCUCUAUCUGUUCGGUGAAAGAUUGGGAGGAUGGUAGCGUGCCCAUGAAUGCCUCCGACGUGAACUGUUUUACUGACGGUUCACGGAUGGGUGAGUGUUCGGGUGCGGCUUACUACUUCACAUACAACAAUCUUGCUCAGGAAGCUGUGAGGUGCUCAAUUCCUCUGGGAUGGGCACCCACAGUUUUCCAAGCAGAAAUUAUGGGUAUUAUCAGGGCUUCUGAAACGCUGACCGACAAUACUCAUAACUAUAGCACCGUUGACUUCUUCAUUGACAGUCAGGGUGCCAUCAAAGCGCUCACUAGCCCAUGGCCAGUUUCAUCACUGACUGCUGAGGCUAUUGAGAUGCUUAAUCAUAUUGGGGAGACUAAGAAGGUAACACUUCAUUGGAUCCCUUCUCACCAUGGAUUUGAAGGAAAUGAAGUGGCUGACCUGUUGGCCAAGGAUGGUACUCUUACUGGGUACCUUGGCCCGCAGCCCUCUAUUCCUCUAUCCAGAAGCACUGUAAUCUCCAGCAUUGUAAACUGGGCAAGAUUGCAGCAUACCAAAUCUUGGGAAAGCAGCAAGGGUUGUUUAACUUCUAAAGCUUUUCUCUCUGCCCCUUCAUCGGGGCUUAGCAGUAAGCUUUUAACCCUAAAUCGGAAGAAUCUCCGAUCAGUAACACAAACCUUAACCGGGCAUUGUACUUUAAACGGGCACCUCAGAACAAUGGGAUUAGUUGAUGAGGCUAUGUGCCUAUGUGGCCGUGGCCCUGAGACUGUAUUUCAUUUUCUUGGGUCCUGCGACAAGUAUUGUGCCCUAACGUCAGAACUCUUUGGGAGGCAUGAGUUGCCACCAGAGCAAAUAAAAAUGGUCGACACACUGAAGAAGGUUCGACACUGGGUGCAAAUAAAGAGAAAAAUCUUUGUACCAAAUACCACAGCGCUGCUUGACUCAUUUUUGGCUGGUUAUCAUUUUGCGCAGAUUUCGGAAGAGUCGUCUCGGAUUGGCCGUUUCUUGAAGACCCUUGAUAACGCGUUGGACGACGUUAUCUACGUUCUGGACGAUAAGAGACGUCGAGGAUAUCCCGAUAUCUAUCUAUCUCCGAUGAGGCGGAAUAAUAAAGUAGGAAAAACAGCAGCAGCAGCGCCGGAAAUAAUGCUUGACUUCGUUCUGGACGAGGAAAGGUCGCCAAUUCCGGAAACGCCAACUCCACCACCAUUGCCUCUCACUCCAGUGGCAGAAAUACUUGUUGACCAAGAAGAAGAGGAGGAAAGGUCGACAAUUCCGGAAAUGGAACCUCCAGCCACACCAAGACCGCUGAGUCCACAACCAUCGCCCGCCGUCACUCCGCCAAGCCUUCCAAACCCAAACGCCACCAUUCCUGUCACAUUUGUGGAGAAGCGUUCCCCUGCACAUCAGCCCUGA